AUGUUCCCUGGCGAGCAUGUUUGGAUGCAACAGCCAUUGGAUGAAGGUCCAAUCUGUUUACCAUUGCCUGAAGUAGAUUUUGGGCACUUAAAGACAAAAGCGGCAGUAGUGAGCAAUAAGGCGGAUAAAGGAAGAUACCUGCUGGGGAACAGAACAGCAUCGAUUAUAGAAAAGUCGAAGGAUUUUUCGGUACCACAACAACUUAAUGCAAUCCAGACCGGAUCUCGUAAGCUUCUAGAAGAGCAAAAAGAGGUUACACAUGUCAAGAAGAGGGAUCCCAUAACUCUAGAAGAAACCGAACUGGCUAUUGCGGAGGACAUAGAAAUCGACGACGAUGAUGUUUUCUCUUUCCUUCCGAAAGAAGAUUUUGAGGGCUUGACAUUGUUGAAGAUUGACUCUAAAGCAUUUAUUGCUGCUCAGCAGAGCUGUAAAGAAUUGCAGUCAUUGACAAAAAAGAUAUUGGACAAGACUGAUGCAGAAAAAGAGUUCAAAAUACUUCCGAAUGGACUCUUAGUGAAAAAGAAGGUUAACAAGGUUGGUGCUGAUGCUCUUUUGUUGGUGGUACCUAAAGUAUUUCGGGAAAGAUUGAAGACUCUUUGCCUUGAAGGCAUGUCCUGUCAUUUGGGAGUAACUAAAUCUAAGGAUAAUCUUGCAAAGUUUUUCUUUUCGCCAAACAGUUAUAAGGAAAUCGAGGAAUUUGUGCGAUGUUGUGACCAUUGUCAACGAGUGGGAAAACCCAAUGAUAAAAAGAGAACCACAUUAGAUGAAAGGGAAAAGGAAAUAGCAAAGAAAAAAGCUGAAAUUCAGGAACUGAAAGCAUCCUUAACUGCCACGGAAGAGCUUUUGAAUCAAGUUCAAAUUAAAUUGGCUGUUACAGAAAGUCAACGUCAAUUUAUUAAAAAUGAAUAUGCAGCUUUGCAAAUUAUCUGUGCAAGUAUGGAUGAGAAGAAACAAAUAUUGGAAAUAGAAAAUCGAGAAUUAAUUACUCGUUUGAUUCAAUAAAAAGCAGAUGCUGAGCGAAUGAAUGCAGAGACGGAGUUAUUUAUGAGGAAAACGCAAGCUAAAUUGUAAAAAGAAUGGGAAGAAGCUACCAAAGAACAUGUUGCUAUUGAUCCUAAUAAGAUAAAAAAUACUGUUUAUUUAGAUGCUAUUGUGCCAAGAAAAGUCCAAUGCAAAUUUAUAACUCAUAAAGGUGAAUUUGAUGAUGUCGCAUGGACUAGUCCAGAUUUUAAGUUAGCUACUGCUGGUGGUGAUCGCAGAGUAAAAAUAUUAGAUUUUGUUUCAGGCCAAGCCAUUUUCAAAGGAGUUGCCCAUGAAAGUAAUUUAUCUGUUCAUUUUGUUUAUUUUGAAGCUGUGGAAUCAUUAAUACUUGCAGCAGCAUGUGAUUUUGCUUGUCAAAUCUGGAGCAUAAGUUAUAUGAAAAUUAAGCAUACUCUGACUGGACACAGUUACAAGAUAAUGUCUGCGAAAUUACUUGGCGAGACCGCCAGAGUCGUUUCUGGCAGCCACGAUAAAACUCUUUAGAUUUAGAACUUGCGACGAAGAGCUUACGUUCGAUUGAUUUUUGCUUGCUCUAGUGUAAACGAUGUAAUCACAAGUGGUAGAAAUGCAACCAACAUUGUUAGCGGACAUUUUGAUAAAAAGAUAAUGUUUUGGGAUACGAGAUCCGAUUCCAGUACGAAUGAAAUUCUAUUGCAGGGACGAAUCACUUCGCUGGAGUUUUCUCUAGAUAGAUAUUCAUUACUAAGCAGUGUCAGAGAUGAUUCUCUCAAACUCAUCGAUUUCCGAAUGAAUAAUGUGUUUCGUACGGUUAGUUCUGACGGAUUCCUGAUUGGGUACGAUUGGACACGAGCAUUUCUGGGUUUAGCGGGAUAUUACUCGUAUUACAUUCCGAUGUUUUUUUCCGUCUCGGCACCUCUCAUAGACACCCUAAAAGGAAAGUGCCGGAAAGAAUAG